CUCAGCCGCAUUACUCAGAACUCUUGAUCAAAGGUACUGAAAGUAGAAUACAAUCCUUCUCCUUUCUCUCUAGAAUUUAGCUCGCGAUUGGCAAUGGCUCCUAAGCCAGCAGAGAAGAAGCCAGCGGAGAAGAAGCCGGCAGAGAAGGCCCCAGCGGAGAAGAAGCCCCGCGCCGAGAAGAAGCUCCCCAAGGAUGGUUCCUCCGUCGACAAGAAGAAGAAGAAGGCCAAGAAGAGCGUGGAGACGUACAAGAUUUACAUCUUCAAGGUGCUGAAGCAGGUCCACCCCGAUAUUGGGAUCUCGAGCAAGGCGAUGGGGAUCAUGAACAGCUUCAUAAACGAUAUCUUCGAGAAGCUCGCUCAGGAGUCCUCCAGGCUCGCUAGGUACAACAAGAAGCCGACCAUCACUUCCAGGGAGAUCCAGACCGCCGUCAGGCUUGUUCUCCCCGGCGAGCUUGCCAAGCACGCGGUCUCCGAAGGCACCAAGGCUGUCACCAAGUUUACCAGCUCUUAGGGUUAGGGUUCUUCCCCAGAUCUGUUCUUGUGGUUCGUUAGGUUUUACGGUGAGUCGAAUUAGGGAUUUUGUGGUUUGUUCAGAUUAGGGAUUUGAAGGAUUGUAAAUUUUCGUUGCAAUGUGGUGAUAAUUGAAUCUGGUUUCCUAGUAGUGUAUCGGAUUUGCUUGGCAAGCGCAUAUUGAUAGUUGGAUUUCUUUGCUGGAUCUUGUUGAUUGUCCUUUCCUUCCCUUUUUGGUUCGCGCAUCCGCAAGUUGAAAUCUUGAAUCUUUAAUAGGUUUUGACCUAGCUCUGCUGGGUACCUUUGCCCUUUGGUUAGUGGCAACAAUGCAAUUUCGUCUUCUCAUUCCUGCCCUUUUUCGAUACCAAAUUCUAGUAUCCUGAUUAUUGAUAUUAUGGUUGUCAAGAGUUUUGGGUUUUAUUGAAGUUGAAGUCUAGAACUCUGCAUUUCGAUCUGUUAACUGUGGCAGAGACUCUGCAUUUUUGCCAAUGCUAUGCUAAUCCUCUAUGAGCUAUUGUUCUUUAUGAAUGUAGUGUUGUAUUUGCUUUGGUUUCUCAUGUUUCGAAAUUCGAAUGGCCUAUCAAGUGUCAACCCAUCCUGAUGUUUGGACCCAUUAUCAUGUACAGUUUCUUCUAUUACACUUUGAGUAGCAGAAUCGGUAUAUAUGCAUUGAGAUUUUCCCGUGUUAUGUUACUUCUUAUCGAGACUUGAGUAGUUGAGUUACUGAGUUUGCUUAACUGAGUAGUUGAACUCCUGGGGUUAAGAAUGUAGUUGAUUAAAUGAUUGCUAGUUGGCUUUCCAGCGAGAUGUAUUCUUUCUGUCCUGCUGAAGAGUCCAGAACAUCAACUGGUGUAAGUGAAACUUUGAGGUGGCAGGAUAUGAUGCUCAGGAGGACAACUGUUAACAAAACCAAGUAGUUUAUUUAUGCCUUUUGAGUGUUACAAAGGACGAUAAGUGCAGCAAAUCUAUAUGUGCUUACAAAGGUAAGAGUUAACUUAGAUGUGGUGAUAAUCCUUUGCUCUUCAGAAAUUUUAAGUUUUACUAGUUGGAUAUCUCUGGCAAGAACGAUGUAAGCGAAACCGUGGCAGGCAGAUCGGAGUGUAGAUGCAUUGUUCAAAAUAGUUCGGCAUAACCUGCUACUUCCAUGACACGGGAAGGGAUAGCAGCAGAUCUUGGUAGGCCUUUUCUUUAGUCUUGCAGAGCAUUUGCAUAGUUUUGAAUUACAUAGUACUCCUGAGGUAUUUGUGGGCUGCUCUAGUUAUAGAGUAUGGUGUGUGCAUAAGAGUUUUUUUUAUGCUGUAUAAAACCCUGUUUAGGAC